AAGUGUGAGAUAUCCAAAAUAAAAUGGAUUGUUAUGUAGGCAAAAUUUGUCAAAACAAAGAAAAAAUGCUUAUAGUAUGCCCUGACAAAGGAUGAAUUUGAGGCUUGUAGAAAUACUUUUUUUCAAAAACUUUUUUUAAUAUGGAAAUUUUUAUAUUCAAACUGGGAGAGUGGGAGGGAAAUCUCAUCUUUCUUUUUUAAACUCUAAAGGGAAAAUAAUUUAGAACCUCACAUUUAUUGAGAAUUAAUAUAUUGUGCAACUAGCUGACUAUGUGGUUACAUCUUAUAUUUUAUUGAAUAGGGAAAGUUUGAUUUUAUCCAGUCCCCCUGCAGGUCCGAGUUACUGUGAUAGCCUACAAGCUACAGAAAGAUUUGUCUGUAGCAAUAGGAUUCUUCAGGAAUAUGUAGACAAUCUCCUUUCAUCUUCUAGCCCACUUGUACUGUAUCACUCCCUUCCUCUAAGGCACUCCUAUGAUCUCCUGUCUUUCUGUUUUGAAAAUGUUUUUUAAAUUUCAUACUACCUGGAUUUGAAGUUUCAGGAAUUAAUGACAUUCAGGGAUGUGGCCGUAGACUUCUCUCGGCAGGAGUGGGACCUGGAGCCUAUUCAGAGGGACUUGUACAGGGAUGUUAUGUUGGAGAACUAUAGAAACUUGGUGACACUGGCAGUACAUUCCACUUCUAAGCCAGAUGUGGCUGACUUAUCGGAGCAAGGAAAAGAGCCUUGGAUGACUUUGAGGGAAGGAACACAAAGCCAGUACACAAAUUUGGAUUUACAGUGUGAGGUAAACAGCUAUGUGGAAAUGCCCACUUAUGAAAAAGACAUAUCUCCCACACAAUGUCAGAGCAUAUAUAGCAGAGAGAAACACUAUGAAUGCAAGAAAUGUCAGAAGAAGUUUGGUGGUGGCUAUCAACUGAUUCCACAUCCCAGGUUUCAUGUUGUUGAAAGACCCUAUGAAUGCAAAGAAUGUGGGAUGAACUUUCGUAGUGGCUAUCAGCUUACUCUACAUCAAAAAUUUCAUGCUGGUGGGACAGCCUGUGAAUGUACAGAAUGUGGGAAGAACUUCAAAAGUGGUUAUCAACUUACUGUACAUCAGAGAUUUCAUACUGGUGAGAAAACCUAUGAAUGUAGGGAAUGUGGGAAGGCCUUUAUUUAUGCUUCACACAUUGUUCAGCAUGAGAAAAUUAACACUGGAGGGAAGCCUUAUGAAUGUCAGGAAUGUGGGAAGGCCUUUAGUCAAGGUGGACACCUUCGAAUUCAUCAAAGAAUUCAUACUGGCAAGAAACCCUAUAAAUGUCAGGAAUGUGGGAAGGCUUUUAGUAGGCGCUCAAGCCUUGUAGAACAUGGACAAAUUCACACUGAUGAGAAAUUAUACAUAUGUGAGAAACGUAGGAAGGCCUUUAGAAGGGGUCAUCAAUUUACUAUCCAUCAGACUGUUCACACGGGUAAAAAACCAUAUGAAUGUAAAGAAUGUGGGAAGGGGUACACCACUGCCUCAUACCUAACUUUACAUCAGAGAAUUCAUAAAGGUGGGAAACCAUAUGAAUGUAAGGAAUGUAAGAAAACUUUUACUUUGUAUAGAAAUCUUACUCAGCAUCAGAGUAUUCAUACUGGGGAGAAAGUUUUUGAAUGUAGGCAGUGUGGAAAGGCCUACACUGCUGGCUCGAAACUUUCCCAACAUCAGAAAACUCACACUGGUGAGAAGCCCUAUGAAAGUAAGGACUGUGGGAAGGCCUUCAGCUUGCACGGGUACCUUAAUCAACAUCAGAAAAUUCACAGUAGUGUGAAGCCCUAUGAGUGUAAGGUAUGUAGGAAAACCUUUACUUUCUAUAGAAAUCUUACUCUACAUCAGAGUAUUCAUACCGAUAAGAAACCUUUUGAAUGUCAGGAAUGUGGGAAGACCUUUAGACGCAGUUCAUACUUUACGGCACAUCAGAGUAUUCACUCUGAUAAAAAACCAUAUAAAUGUCAGGAAUGUGGAAAGGCCUUUAAAAUGUAUGGAUAACUUACACAACAUCGGAAGAUACAUACUGGUGGGAAACCCUGUGAGUGUAAGGGAUGUGGGAGGGCCUUUAGUCGUGCUUCAAACCUUAUUCAAUAUGAGAGAAUUCAUACUGGCGAAAAACCAUACAUGUGUAAGAAGUGUGGGAAGGCCUUCAGAUAUGGUUCAGCCCUUAAAGCACAUCAGAGAAUUCAUACAGAUAAACCGUAUGAGUGUAAGGAAUGUGGGAAGGCCUUUAGUCGUCAUACAGAUCUUAGAGUACAUCAAGUAAUUCAUACUGGUGAGAAACCGUAUGACUGUAGGGAAUGUGGCAAGGCCUUUAGUCGUCUUACAGACCUUAAAGUACAUAAGAGAAUUCAUACUGGUGAGAAACCCUAUGAAUGUGAAGAAUGUGGGAAGGCCUUUAGUCGUACCUCAAAUCUUGCUCAACAUGGAAGAGUUCAUACUGGUGAGAAAUCCUAUGGAUGUAAGGAAUGUGGGAAGGCUUUUAGUGAUGUUGGAACACUUAGAAUACAUCAGAGAAUUCAUACUGGUGAGAAACCCUAUGAAUGUAAGGAGUGUGGGAAGGCCUUCAGUCAAGCCUCAAACCUUAUACAACAUGACAGGAUUCAUACUGGUGAAAAACCCUAUGAGUGUAAAGAUUGUGGGAAGGCCUUUAGUCAUGCUUCACAUCUUGUUAGGCAUGAGAGGAUUCAUACUGGUGAGAAACCCUAUGAAUGUAAAGAGUGUGGGAAGGCUUUUAGGAGUAGCCAUCAACUUACUAUCCACCAUAGAUUUCAUACUGGUGAGAAACCCUAUGAAUGUAAGGAAUGUGGGAAAUCCUUUAGUGUAUAUGGACGACUUACUCGCCAUCAGAGUAUUCACAGUGGUAAGAAACCAUUUGAAUGUAACAAAUGCGGGAAGUCCUUUAGGCUCAGUUCAAGCCUUAAAGUACAUCAGAGUAUUCAUACUGGUGAAAAACCCUUUGAAUGCUGCAAAUGCGGGAAAUCCUUUAGACUUAGUUCAAUGCUUAAGGUACAUCACAGAAUUCAUACUGGAGAGAGAUUAUAUGGGGUAUAUGUAUAGUAGACAAUGGAAUUAUAACACUUAAGAAAAAAUUUAAAUGAAGAGAAUAUGAGAAGUUUUUACAUGGUUUAGUUCUUUUAAGGCAUCACAUAAUUUACACUGGCAAGAACUCCUUGGAAUCUAAAGUGUUUGAAGUUUUUCAGUUAUGACUCAAGUACUGUUCACCUUCAGAGAAUUUGUAUUGUACUUUAUAUUAGAAAGUCUUUUAUGGCAUUCCUCUUUGUUUUACCAUUCACUGGGUGGCCAGGCUCUGUGGCCAAGGUUAUAAGGCAGAUAAGUGCCACUUAAGGAAAAGACUAGUGCAUGAUUUGAAGUCAUUGAGAGCAGAAAAAAAUACAUACCAGGAUUAAGUAGCACAGUGAUUACUUACAGCAAGAGAGGAGACAGAAUGCACAAGAUGUAUGACUUGCAGUGUGUUAGCGACCCAUGGCCAGCAGAUCACCUCCACAUCUGACAAGCAUGACUUAGCUGCACACAGCCCACUUUGUUCUGCAGUGGCAGGACACCAACUCCUUCCCCAUAGGGUCUGACAUCCCAAAAACUGGAGGCUUGCCUGUGUGCCACUAACAUCUAUGAUUAAACACAGCAAAGGAGUACACAUUGAGUCUGACACAGAGAUAGCUAUUCAUAUACAAGGCAGUAAGCCCAGCGGAGGUUGUGAGGGAUCUUUAUUUUUUGGUAAAGAAGUAUUGCAGGCCCAACAGGUCCCAUUCUUUUUUCCCCACCAGCUUUACUGAAGUAUAAUUGACCAGUAACACCAUAAAUUUAAGGCGUAUAAGUGGUGCUUAAGGGGAAAUUUAUAGCUAUAAAUGUUUAUAUUAAAAAACGAAAAGUUUCAAACUUUAACAGCCUAAUUUUACAGUUUAAGGAACUAGAAAAAUAAUAAACAACACAAAGUAGCAGAAGGAAGGAAACAGUAAAGGUUAGAGCAGUGAUAUAUGAAAUGAGAGAAUAGAGUAGCAACAGAGAAAAUCAUGAAACCAAAAGUUGGGUCUUCAAAAAGGUCAACAGAAUUGGCAAACCUUUAGCUAGAUGAAGUAAG